AUCUGCAAAUGAUUCUGGAAUGUUCUCAAUGGAUUAACUAGUGGUAACUUCAGACAGAAAAUCUUUAGGAGCUGAAGUGUAUUAUUCUGCAGUGAGCUGUUUGCAAUUAAGCUGCGCAAUAAAAUCAGCAGGAAAAAAUGGCUGAAUACUGCAUUAGUAUACUGCUGACAGGCAUAUUUUUCUUAGGACUUCAAGCCGUUCUUGCUGAAGAGUGCAUCAAAGUUAAAGUGACCAACUGUGAGGAAUGCAUCCAGUCUGGGCCAGGGUGUGCCUGGUGUAAGAAACAGAAUUUUACAAAAGCUGGGGAACCAGAUUCUGUGCGCUGUGAUACAGUCACAAAGCUGAAUGAGAGGGGGUGCACAUCUACCGAUGCUAUCAAACCAGACAGUGCAGUAAUUCUUAAGGAAAAUAAUCCCUUUGGGAAGAGUGGUGCUACAGUGACACAAUUACAACCUCAGCAUGUGGAAGUAAAGCUCCGGCCAGGUCAAUCUCAGACUAUAAAAGUCAAUUUCAAACAGGCCGAACAUUAUCCUAUUGACCUGUACUACCUCAUGGACCUCUCAUUCUCCAUGACAGAUGACCUGAAUAAUUUGAAAAAUCUGGGACGUUUGAUCUUUGAUGCAGUAAAAAACAUUUCUGAAUCAGCACGUAUAGGGUUUGGUACUUUUGUGGAUAAGCCUGUUCCUCCUUUUGUUAACACACACCCAGAUAAGUUGGAAAUGCCAUGCCCUGCUACUUUCAUGCCAUGCCAGAAACCAUUUGGAUACAGACAUGUGCUCAAACUGACUGAUAAGGACAAUUUCUUCACAGAAACAGUCAACAAUCAGGAUGUUUCAGGGAAUGUGGAUGCCCCUGAAGGAGGCUUGGAUGCCAUGAUGCAGGCUGCAGUUUGUGGGGAUAAAAUUGGCUGGAGGAACGUGACCCGACUUCUGCUGCUUGCUACAGAUGAUGGGUUUCAUAUGGCUGGAGAUGGAAAGCUGGCAGCAAUAUUAACACCAAAUGAUGGAUUGUGUCACCUGGAUAAUAAUGGCCUGUAUACUAAAAGUGCAGUGCUUGACUACCCCUCUGUUGCAGAACUGGCUUAUAAACUGGAGGAAAAUAAUAUUCAAACGAUUUUUGCUGUCACCAAAAGAAUGAUACCAACAUACCAGAUGCUGAGCAAACUAAUCCCUAGAUCUGUGGUGGCUGAGUUAUCUGAAGACUCAAGCAAUGUUGUUCAACUGAUUCAAAAGGCAUAUUAUAGUAUAAGAUCUGAAGUCAUACUAGAACACAAGAAUCGUCCUGAUGACAUUGCCAUCACAUAUGAUUCGAACUGUGGUGACGGUCAGAAAAUUCAGAAAGGUGAUACCAGAGGCAGAUGUGAAAAUGUAAAGACUGGCCAGAUGAUUACCUUUAAUGUGACAAUCCAGGCCACAAAGUGCUUUGAUAAACCCCGGACAUUGGAAAUCCGUCCUCUAGGCCAUGCGGACACUCUAAAAGUUACAGUGGUCACACUUUGUAGUUGUGAAUGUGAUGAACCGGAAAGUAAAAAAGACUGUGGUGGAAAUGGAAAUAUUGUGUGUGGAAUCUGCAGGUAUUUCAACAUCAGUCCUUCAUACAUUCUUCUUUGCAAAGAUUGAUGUGGUAAGCCAGUC